AUGGUUCGCCUUAGCACGAUAGAAAAGUCGUUAAAAACGUGCGAAUCGCUGCCGUUCGACGCGCUCGCUUCGAGCCAAGUCAUCCCGGAGCUGAAGUUCUUCGAAUUCACGAAAUCCGGCAAAAGAAAGUUCUCCCUGACGAAAGCGCACACUCGAUCCUUCGCCCCCGACUCGCAGCUGCUCGUGUACAUACCGGGCUGGUGGAACACGCCGACCGACGAAUCCUCCGAGGCUUUAGUUAGGGCGCUGCUCGGCGACAACCCCUCAGUUCUCAUCCUCGACACGAGGGAGUCGUUCUCUCGCGGCUACGUCUCCUCGGCCCUGCAGGUCAGCGGCCUCGCCUAUACCCUGUUCUCCUUUAUCAAGAACUUGAGCCUGACUGGCUUUCCCGUGACGAGAAUACACUUGAUAGGGUUCAGUCUGGGCGCUCACGUCGCCGGUAUCGCCGGGAGGCUGGUCAAAAAGAAGCUGAACAGAAGCCUGCAAAAGAUAACUGCGUUGGAUCCGGCGCGACCCUGCUUCUUGAAGCCUUCGAGUUAUAGGCUAAAGAGGGACGACGCUAGCUUCGUGUACGUCCUUCACACCAGCUCCGGCGUGGUCGGCCUAGAGCAGCCCCUCGGGCACGUGGACGUCUACGCCAACGGCGUCGACUCCGCCCAGCCCGAGUGCAAGGACAGGGCCGUCAGCGUGGAGUGCGACCACGCGCAGGCGUGGAAGCUCUUCUCCGCUUCGGUCGGCAACGACAGCCUCCUCGUCGGCGCACAUUGUGCCACUUGGGAGGAGCUCGAGGGCAAAAGGUGUAGCGGCGAUAGAGUCAACGUCGGGUACAGGUGCUCACCGCAAACAAGGGGCCUCUACGUCUACACCUCGCAAGCGAACAACCAUCUUAGGACCCUCAGAGUUUUCAACCCCUUCGAUAUCAGAACUUGGUUCCACGGAUAA